AUGAUGGUGACAUUGAAUGCUGGUGGUAGUGGAGAAUCGCCGACACCAUCAGGAACCACUUUCAACGCCACCACACGAUCCAUGGUAGCCAAAGGCUCUCACGCUCUGAAUCGGCGGAGACGGGUUGGAAAGGGGACUAUAGGUGGUUAUGGUGGUGGCUACAAACCAGCUACAGGCACCACUGUUGUAGACUCUUCUACUGCUACUACUACUACAACUGCGAGACAAUCCGCUUCCUCCAAUCCAGAUCCAGCCAAAGCAUCAGGCGACAAUACUGGUGCACCCCCUACUAGUUCGUCUUCCUCCACAACGCCCCCAUCAGGAGCAAGUCAACCGCAGCAUAGUGGGGAAGCUGCUCCACCGAAACCUGCAAAGCCAUGUCACUCAGCUCGAAUGUCAGUGCUGUGUUGUCAAAAUGCCAUCCGAAUGGGGGCCAGGACUCAGCUGGGACUUUGUCCUCCUGGGCGACCAAGGCGCAGUCUACAAGCCGCAUUGAGACAGCGAACACGUGCUACUUCAUCGCAUUCAUCUGUGCAAUCUGGGAGUCGAAGGCUUUCCCUGGGUGCUGCCGCAGAUGCGAAUGGGUACUAUGCACUGGAGAAAAUGAUUGGGACGCAGUCUUUGGAAGACUACGAAGACCAAGAAGAGGAUUAUUUGCUUAGUACCAAUACUUUUGAUGUCGAAAGUGACGAAGAAGCAAGCAGCGGAGACGAAGAUGAAUUAGGCGCCAUGGACUCCCUGCUGUCUCCAGAGUCGCCUGCUCUCGACAAUGAGAACAAGUAUGUCAACCUGAGGGAGCCCAUGUUUACUCCCAUAGGAGCGGACGGUUCUUUAACAAACGCCAACGGCACACCAAUGGUAUCCGGGAUGGGAACGGGCGCCUCUGGGAAGCUUCCAUUCAAUCGAAGAAAACUCCGAUACUUUGAUGGCAUUACAGCACAGGAUAGACAAGCAGCGAGAACCUACCUCAGGGACGAGGCUGACAAAGCUAGGAGACGCAACGGUGCAUUGCUCAAACGCCAUCUAAAGCGCAUGCAGAAAUUCGAACGUUCAAAACGACGCAUGCAAAAUGGAGAAAUGACCAACGACAUCGCUGAGGACGACACCGACCUGGAACUCAUCGACGCGGGUGUUGGCCAGUUUGAACAGCCCAUGACGACGACGAUGUCGGCAGCAUUGAUUUUGGAAAGUCUCUCCUUGAAUUCCUUGGAAAGUAUAGAGGGAAUGGCCAAAUGCUACGAUGGAAUCGUCGCUGCUGGGGUCGCGCUUUUGGAAUCGCAGCAUUCCGAUGUAACCUCCCCCGUCGACGUCGAUGGAGAGAACGAAAAGCCACGGACUAGCCGUGCCGAUGUCCUGGCGGCGUUGGCACCACUUCUCAUUACUUCAUUAAACCAACCAUCAGGUGAUGUGAUUAUGAUGCUCGCGAGGAUGAGGCGAAUGUGCGGAACGCCACGAUACCAACGCAGAUUUGUACAGCGCGUGGCGCCCUGUUUGAUCCGACCAAAGAAUGCUGCCAUGUGGUGUCUAAGGCAUCAGCAUGAUAUGGAACCAAUCACUGCGGCUGCCGAGCUCAUUUUCGAUUGCGCUCAUGAAAUCUUUAGCAAGGGUUGGUACGAGAAGGGUCAGUUGUACUUGGCGGACUCCAAGCGAGCCGAGACUUUGAAUUCGGCGGCGGCGCAGCUGCGCAACCUCAGCGGAGAGCCAUCAGGCGAAGGCCUUUCCCUUGCACUUACAGCUGGGCACAGCCACGGAAUUAGAAGGUACAUGUCAGGGACAUCAUCGAAGGAACACAAGGGCUCCAACGAACACUUGGCGGAAUGGGAAGUCAUGGCAAUUGACAAAGAAAUUGGAUUUUCAAUUUCCAAAAUCAUGUCAUCAGACUGGAACCGUGUCAAUCUCAACACCAAGGAUUCUGACAGUGUUCGUUCCUUUCGAAGGACCACAUCUGUUGCAAGCAAGCGGCCAUCGGUUUUGCCCCAAUCGUCGAGUGGCGAAGCCAGUCCGAGGGCCAUGAUCCUGUCGCCCCGAAGUCCGUCCAGACCGCUUGGAAUGAAAACACCUCUGUCACCGCCGCCUCCAAAAGAUUUCAGUCUUUUAGCGCCACAAUCCGAGAGCCUCUUUGAAAACAUCAUGCCUACUCAACCUGGACCAGCCGACCGACCAACAAGCCCAGACAAUUCUUUCGUUCAAAAGAAUAUCAAUACCACUAUAAUGUCGCCGCCACCCGCACCCCGCCAAGGUGAUGACAAUGGCGCCAUUUCGAGUUCCACGCCACCUCGAUCACCAAAGUCGCCCAAGCGAGACGGCGUCGAGCAGGCUCCGCCCCUAUCGAAACCAAUUACACCCACCCCGACACCUUUCACACCAAUUUCCCCCAGGCGAUCCAAAGUAUUGUCACCGCCCUCGAGCCAAAACAUUCAAGACGCUGCUGACCCAACAGCCAUGGCUCCCUUCACUCCAUCACUUGGGAUGAAUCCAGCGGCUCCCCUGUCGCCGUCUUCGAUUGGAACAAGCUCAACGUCGGAGCUGACGUAUCGACCCAACAUGGGUGCCUCCAUGGUUUCAGCCGGGUCAGGGGCUUCUCAGGCGGCUCACUACAGAACGCUGACUUCAACGGCUUCAGAACGAAAGCGAACAGUAGCUGCUUGUCGCGCACUGCGAGCGCAAAUUACUCGUUUCGAAGAUGCCUUCAUUCAGCUCCAUGGACGUCCUCCAAAAGGGGCUGCUGAACGUGCACCGUUGGCUACAACCUAUUCUCAGUACAGGGAGUGGAAGCGUGCCAUUCGUGCUGAUGCCGCCUGUCGCAUUCAAGCACUAUUUCGUGGUGCUCGACUUCGCUGGGACCUCAUGAGAAGUGAUGACUCCAAGAUUAGCGACAUUGUACGCCGUCGAGCCGGUCGAAAGGAAUUCAGUGGCCAAGCAACAGCGCAGUCUGCACGGCAACUACCCAACCAGGAGAAUCUCUUGAACCACAUUGGCAUUCCAGUCGAGAUCGGGGACACCGGCGACGUCAACCGAAGCGGCGGAUUAAUCAAACCGCACACGAGCAGCUCUGUCGGAAUCACAAAAUCUCCUGCUCAAUUUGGCGACACCUUUCCUGGGCAACCCACCGGUCAGGUGCUUACGACACCACAGUGGGCAACUCAAGUGUCGCCUGCUCCUCCUAACGCUUCGACAGAGUUUGCUUCCUUUUCAUUAGCUGAUCUGCAAUCGAAGAAACGGGAGCUGAAGCAACAACUCAAGCAAUACGACAUGAACUUUGCUCGCAAGCACGGUCGAAUGCCAGUGAAGAAAGAAAAGGAACCGAUUCGUCAUCUUUACGAGGAAUACAACGCCCUGAAGAGCCAAAUUGCCAUGUUAGAACAAGAAGGGCCAAGGCACCCUCAGGUUCCUACUCCUGGUGUCCAGCCGCCACCGAGCAAGCCCGGGGGAGUUCCUUCGCCGCCACAAGACAGAUUUAUUCCGUUUGCCCCACCAACACCGCCAGACUCUGGCAGUGACAGCGAGCGAAGUAUUGAUUCUCCAUUGGCGGGGACUGGUCGCGGCGCCAAGCCGUCUAGGAAUUCUACUCCACCGAUUACCCCAACGGGUGCGCCAUCGCAAGACCUUGCAGCUUUGAAAGCCGAAAAGGCUCAGCUGCAUCAGAUGCUCCGAUCCUACGAGAAGGACUUCUUCAAGGAACACAAGCGCCAAGUGUCAAGUUUUGCGGACAUCAAACCUGUUGCUUCGCAGUAUCGUCGCUACAAGGAGAUCAAGAAACAAAUUGCAGCUUUGCAAGGGUCUUCAGAUAGACAGACGAGACCAUCCAGUGCAGUUCGAUGA